ACCCUCACCCAAUCAAUAUCCAAUAAUGGCAGAUCAAACUCAUCAGCAAGCAACAGAUAAAUCCAGUACUACUGCUAAAACAGGUUUCGCCUGGGAUAUUGAUGCUGCUACAACCGAUCCUUAUGAAAAACUUAUGUGCAUCCACAAUCCUGACGAUGAUAGUCUCAUUAGAAACCUCCCAAUUCCAGUCACUCCCUUAGAUCAAAACACCAAAGACAUUUCUUUAAAUCCUGACCGGAAAACCUCAAUUCGAAUUUUUCGACCAGCAACCGAACUCUCCGUAACAAAUAAGCUUCCUGUCAUAAUUUACUUUCAUGGUGGUGGUUUCAUUCUUUUCAGUGCAGCUUCAACUAUUGUCCACAACUUCUGCCAAUCCAUUGCUACUCAUUUACCUGCAGUAGUCGUAUCGGUAAACUACCGUCUUGCGCCCGAAAGCCGACUUCCCGCUGCCUAUGAUGAUGCUGUGGAUGGCCUCAACUGGGUCAAAACUCAAGCUUUAGACACCUUAAAUGGUGAACCAUGGCUGAAAGAGUAUGCUGAUUUCUCGAAUUGUUUCAUCAUGGGAUGCAGCUCUGGUGCUAAUAUUGCAUAUUACGCCAAUUUGAGAGCAUUAGAAAUGGAUCUUGAACCAAUUAAGAUCAACGGGCUAAUAUUACACAUACCUUUCUUUGGUAGUCUUGAGAGAACUGAAUCAGAACUAAGAUUGAUCAAUGACCCGUACUUGGCACCUUCUGUGAGUGAUGUCAUGUGGGAACUGGCUUUGCCGGUCGGGUCUAGCCGUGAUCACGUUUACUGUAAUCCAAGACAUGAUGAUGGUGAAUCAUCUGGAAUUAAGGUAGGGUUGACCAAGAGGUGUUUAGUGAUUGGAUUUUAUGGGGAUCCGGUAAUUGAUCGACAAAUUCAGCUUGUGAAGAUGUUGGAGGAAAAGGGUGUGAAGGUUGAGACCUGCAUUGAAGAAGGGUACCAUGGGAUGGCAUUCUAUGACCCUAAAACACUUGAAUCAUUGCUCGGAAAACUGAAAAUUUUCAUUUGACUUUCUCUGUUAUUAAUUGAUAGUCCAUGAAUCUACUUUUUUAUUAAGAUGAAAAUAUAC